AUGCUGAUGGGAAGUCUACCGGUUCAAAUCGAGAAAGUGACUUUACAGGAUCAAAAAAUUGUCGAACAACGAAAGCUGGCUCCGGCAAUACGCUUAAAGAAAAAGCAAUUGCUUCAACAACAGAAGCCGAAUCCAAACGCAAAGUAUACAUUUCACAAGAUCUCGGUUAUUCCUGAAUUCCCUCAGCCAGAAAAGGCUCAGAGCUUACUGGAAAAAUUAAGAGACGAUCGAGGUAUUCGUGCGAUCAUGGCAGAUAGAAAAUGGUCGGUUGGUGAGUUAAUUGAGCUGACGCCAUUCGAAGCAUCUAUUUUGGGAUACAAUAGGAACGCAGGCCAAUUAAUCGCUCUACGCCUGCGGACAGACGAUUUAUCUGGAUUUAGACAUUACGACUCUGUGAGGAAGGUUUUACUUCAUGAAUUGACUCAUAAUGUUUGGGGUGAUCACGACGAUAACUUUCAUGCUUUAAAUCGACAAUUAAAUAAGGACGUGGUGAAUCUGGAUUGGACCGCACAUGGUGCAAAUACCUUGGGCCAUGGUGAAUUUUAUACCCCCGAGGGAGAGGAGGAUAUGGAGAGUGAUGUCCUGUAUGAAGCAGGGACUUAUAGAUUGGGUGCUGGGUCCAAAUCAACAACAGGUCUGGAUACACCCGAAGCAAGAAGACAGCGUGCCGCACAAGCUGCACUAUCCAGACUUACCAAGAAAGAAGAGCAAGAAAUGGACGAAGGAUGUGGUUCUCAUUAA